UCGGCAUUGACGUAAUCGCGUCACCUCGCGUCGACGACGUUAUCGUAAGAUUUAUCGUUAACGCGACGCCCAUUCUAUUUCCACCUGCGAGAGUAUCUUUACAACUGUGCACCAGCUAUGAUGACACGAUCAAAUUAUCGAAAAUAUUGUCGAGCAACUACUUGACGCACAACAUUCGUAACUUCUACGAGGAAUUUGAUCCAAAGAUUUACAAUAAUUUAGAACAUCAAAACCUGUACGUGUUGGAUUUGGAUUGCGAUUAUGCCAUCGAUGUUUUACGACAGGCACAUUCGAAAAGAAUGUUCGUCGCUCCGACGAAGUGGCUGCUUUUUCAAGAUCGACAAACGAUUGACAACGACGAUAACGCCAAUUUAACGUUCACACAUGACGACUCUUUGUUGGAAAUCUUCGAGAAUUUGGCGAUCUACCCUGACAGUGAUGUGGUCCUCGCGCGAAGAUUCGACGGUGACUUUCUCGAAUUAUUGUCCGUAUAUCGGCCGAGUCCGCAGCGAGGUGUGAUAUGGGAAAAUCGUGGAAACUGGACGAUCAAGAGCGGUCUGCGAAUGAGAACUCUCGAUGUGGCCUCAGCACGAAGAAGAGAUCUUCAGCAGACGCCUCUUAAAUCCUGUCUCGUGAUGACGGACCCCAAUACAGUCAAUCAUCUGACGGACUUCAAGGAUAAAACCAUAGAUCCUGUUACAAAGGCUAAUUAUCCUUGGAUACUGCAUUUGGUGAACCGGAUGAAUGCAACAAUAAGUUUCGAAGUCACGAAUAGCUGGGGAUAUCGUGCCGAGAACGGUUCCUGGAAUGGAAUGAUCGGGAUGUUAAAACGGCGCGAGAUCGAUAUCGGCGGCACCGCUACAUUUCUCGUACCGGAACGUAUCGGUGUUGUACAAUAUAUCCAGUUGUAUACACAUACUUGCUCGCGCUUCGUAUUUCGACGGCCUUUACUGUCGACCGUGAGCAACAUAUUUAUCUUGCCCUUCCAACGAAAUGUCUGGAUAGCGAUUGCCGUGUUUCUCACUCUGGUCUUCUGUCUGCUCUAUUUAACAAUCCAAUGGGAAAAUUAUCGCGACAGAAUGGCAGAAUCGGCAACCGACUGGAAUCAAAAACCCAAUAAGCCAACGAUCAGCGAUUAUCUUCUCAUUCUUUUAGGCGCAUUUUCUCAGCAAGGAUAUGCGUACGAGCCACACAGAAUUUCAUCUCGAAUCGUCACCUUUAUGCUGUUGCUGGCCUCACUGAGUCUCUAUGCGUCUUAUACAGCAAAUAUCGUGGGUUUGCUGCAAUCUACCACGGAUUCUAUCAAAACUCUUCCGCAUCUCCUAAACAGUCCUUUAAAGCUGGGCGCGCAGGACGUAGUGUACAAUAGAUAUUAUUCCAAGUCUUUUCAAGAUCCCGUUAGAAAGGCGAUCCUGGAACAGCGAAUCGAGCCGAAAGGACGAAAAUCUAAUUGGAUGUCCAUAGAAGAAGGUGUGCGUCGCAUAAGAAAUGAACUCUUUGCAUUUCAAGGCGAGAUCGGUACAGUAUACCAAUUGAUGCAAGACACGUACUUCGAGGAGGAGAAAUGCGGUUUGACUGAGAUCGAUUACCUAAAAGUUUUAUAUCCGCUUCUCGUGAUACAAGAACAAUCGCCUUACUCAGAGAUAAUAAAAACUGGAGCUCUAAAAUUACGAGAAUACGGACUUAAAUAUCGCGAAGAAUAUCGCUUGUAUACGAGGAAACCAGUAUGUGCGAGUCAGACCAGCUUUAUCACUAUCGGUUUCACGGAAUGCGAUUUCGCGCUGAUCACAAUGGGCUACGGAAUACUCCUCGCUGUAAUCGUGCUUGCGCUCGAGUUGCUGUGGCACAAGAGGUAAGAUUUAAGAGAGACAUCGUUACCAUGCCUUGCGUUAUUUGUUACAUUUUCUUUUGCAGGCAAACUAUGCGCGCAAAAAAAUGCGCGAUAAUAGAAACGUCAAGGGCAGAAACCGACUUGGUAUACCUCGAUUAAGUGCCUGCAAAAAAUGUACAUUAGUCCGACAGAAACUAAGAGGCAUCUGGUUUCCUGAGCUGUCUGUACUAAAUUUAACUGAAUGUAGACUUUAUUUAAAAACUUUGUUAGAGACAUGUUUUAUCAUUCUGUUGG